CCCCCCGGGUUGUGCAAUCGCGAGCGGCGGGGCCGGCGGCACCGCCCGGAGCCCGGCACCGGGGGGAGGAGGCGGCAGGUCCCGCCCGCCCAGGGCCGCGCCGCCGGGGAUGCGGCAGCCGCCGGGCACGGCGGGGCUCUGACCGCGGCCCCGGAGCCCAGGGGAUGUGCCCGCCGGCGCCUGGGUGAAGUGUUUGGUUUCCAAAUGGCCGAGAACAGCUGUGGGCUGGAUGGUGGGAACGUGGCCUCCGAGCUGUAGGAUUUUGGCAGAGCUGGCCAUGAUGUUAUGGUUCGUGGUGGGUGCCCUCUUCCCAGCGCUGCUCCUGGCCGCGCCGCCCCCCAUAAACAAGCUCGCCCUCUUCCCGGACAAGAGCGCUUGGUGCGAGGCGAAGAACAUCACCCAGAUCGUGGGGCACAGCGGCUGCGAGUCCAAGUCCAUCCAGAACAGGGCCUGUCUGGGACAGUGUUUCAGCUACAGCGUCCCCAACACCUUUCCUCAGUCCACAGAGUCCCUGGUUCACUGCGACUCCUGCAUGCCAGCCCAGUCCAUGUGGGAAAUUGUGACGCUGGACUGUCCGGGCAACGACGAGAUCCCCAGGGUUGACAAGCUGGUGGAGAAGAUACUUCACUGCAGCUGCCAGGCUUGCGGGAAGGAGCCGAGCCACGAGGGAGCCCUGUUCAACGUCUACCUGAACGCGGAGGAGAACAUGCCCGCCGAAGGUCCCGGUCCCCACCACUACGCCCACCACCAGCAGGAGGUAGAAGAACCUCCUGCCUCCAGCCACCACCACCACGAGCAGGAGGGCGACGAGUGACCUGGCCCUUGCGGACUGUCCUUGCAGCCGGCGGCACGGGCAGGGGCUGUGUGCGAGGGAGAGGGCCGGGGUUUGGGGAGGGAGGGGGGGGUGGUGGAGUCUUUCCUGUCUAAUAGCUGCCCUCAUGCUUUGCUCUCCACGACGCCCCCCGGGGCUGGAGGAACAGUUUUGAGGCACAAGCAGGGCUGAGGGGCUGGAGCUGCAGGGUGAGAGAGGAGGGGCUCGGCGGUUUCUGAUGCAAAAACUACUUGCACAUAAUAGUAAUAAUAUAUUGAGAGGACCGGGAACCCGGACGAGGGGGUUUGGGCUGAGAGCACGAGCUGAGCUGGGCUCCCCGGGGGCUGUCUGCAGGCUCCCGAACCUCCUGUGGAGCCCUUGCUGAGUCCUUCUGGGUUUUUCUCUUGUACCUGGGGUGGAGGAGGAAGGGGUGCAGCCUCCCCACAGUCCCACAAAGAGAUGCACAUCCCUUCCAGGGUGCGUGGGACCAGCGGCAUCCCUUCCUCCUCCCAUCUGCCCUGCCCUAGGCUCAGCGUGGAGACGCUGGUCCUCCUGGCACCCACUGGAUCUUCGUUCAACCCCGACCCCCUUGUUUUAGGCAGCUCUUGGGGAGCAGUUUUGCCCCAGGAUGUGCCUCUGGGGCCGCUGGGACCCGUGGUGGUGAGAGCCCUGCCCUUGCUGGUCCUCAGGGCCUCCCAGCAGCUCCCUGGGGAUGAGGGAUCACAGGGGCUUCGCAUUUCACUGCCCACGGGGGAAGGCCAAGGGCAGGCUGGCGUGGGGGUGGUCUGGGUGGGAGCCAGCCCCUCUUCCCCUUCUCCCUGCUGCACUUUAACAGUGGUGGAGGGAGAAGGGAUGUGCCGGGAUGCCGAUGUACCUUUGCAGGGGACUGCUCAUGCAGGGCUGGGGAGGCUCGGGGCGGGGGGACGGCCCUGGGCCCCUCCUGCUGCCCCUUUCUCUCUGU